GAACCCGCGGCGAACCCUCUGAAGGAAUUCCCUCCUAUCGCUCUUUUCCAUAUCCUGGGGAAGUGUCUCGACUGAUAAGGAAGUCGCGACUUAAGAGGGGCCGUGAAAAAGUGCCGAAAGUGAAAAGGGACCACAAAGGAGUCCCCUGGGAUUUCGGGGACCCGAGUUCCCGAGAUAUGUGACGCGAGGGGAGGUCUGACCUCGGAUUUCGGAAUAGUGGAAGAGACCUCUCGGUGUGCGCCGAAAUUAAGCCCAGAUUUUCGGAAAAUCAGAAUUUUCUACGAUGAAGCUGCACGAGAAGAAGGAGUCCGGGAUCCACAGGAUCCAGGAGGUGGUCCUGGAGGAGCUGGACCUGUCCAAGGAGUACAACGUGGAGAAGACCCUGGGGGAGGGUAGCUUUGCGAAGGUCCUGCUGGCGACGCACAGGAGGACGCAGACCAGAGUGGUCCUGAAGGCGGUACACCAGGAGCUGACGACGGAGAAGGACUUCUUCCGGGAGUUCCACUACUCGUACCACCUGAGUCCUCAUCCGAACAUCCUGAGCUCCUACGCGGUGGCCUUCCGGGCGGAGAAGUGCUACGUCUUCGCCCAGGAGUACGCACCCUACGGGGACCUAUCAGGAAACGUCAAGGCAGGUGGAUUGGGGGAGGAAGUGUGCAAAAGGAUAGCCUCGCAGCUCUCCUCGGCCCUGGACUUCCUGCACUCGAAGCAGCUGGCUCACAGGGACGUCAAGCUGGAGAACGUCCUGGUCUUCUCCUCGGACAUGUCCAAGAUCAAGCUCUGCGACUUCGGAUGCACCAGGAGGGAGGGCACCCUCGUCGGGAAGAUCCGGUGCACCUGGGUGCCCUUCCAGCCCCCGGAGAUCUACGAGGUGAUCAGGAACGAGCGGUACACCUGCAAGAGGAGCGCCGACUGCUGGCAGUUCGGCAUCGUCCUCUUCGUCUGCCUGACCGGGAACCCACCCUGGCAGAGCGCCGACCUCAUCCAGGACCCCGACUACUCGGGCUUCCAGAGGUGGCUGAAGAGGCGCACCACCAAGAUCCCUUCCGUCUUCCGGAGGUUCACCCCCAGGAUGCAGAGGUACUUCCGGAGGGUCUUCGAGCACAAGCCCGAGAAGAGGGCCAGCAUCAUGGAGGUGAACAAGUACCUGAAGGACACCUGGUGCGUCGCCAAGCUGAGCCACAGCGCCACCUCCACCUCGGUCGACGUCAGCGAGAGCCUCGCCAGGAGGGGCGACAGUCUCCUCUACCUGGACACCUUGGUGGACGAUCGGAACCACGUCGACGAGAACAAGAACAAGCUGAGGAAGCUGCUCAACAGCUACGGACUGGAGACCACCGUCGACCAGAAGGUCGUAACCAAGAGGAUCUGGGAGUGGGUGAUGCAGUGCGACUCCAGCAUCGGAGACUCCAGCUUGAUCGGCUCCGUCGCCAGCGGGGAGGCCAUGUGAGAGAUGGCCAGGUCGGCCAGCGAGCCCUGCCUCAGGUUCUCCAGGACGCGCAGGACCUUCAGCUUCGACGGCCUGGAGACCACCAGACUGGACCUGGUCUGAGCUCGCGGACAAAUUCCUGGUGCCGAUGACCCGGACGAGGGUGGGGAAUGGGACACACAUCCUUGCGGAUGAUGUUUAUGGACGAUUCUGGCGGAUGUCGCUUAUGGAUGAUCCUUGCGAAUGACGCUAACGAAUGAUCCUUGCGGAUUAUUCCUGCGGAUGGUCCCUGCGGAUGACGUUCAUGGACGCAUAUGGACGAUCCUUGCGGAUGACGUUCACCGACGAUCCUUGAGGAUGAUCCUUGAACACUUACUGAUGAACGAUAAACCGGACUUUCCCCACAAGCCCCGACCAAACCAGGACCCCAAGGAGCCGCGUCCUCGACGUGGUGCAUUUCUCGAGGAUGACCUCGUAGACGCGUUUAGCUUUAAGGACGCGGUGGCGAACCAGGUCCCUUCCUGUCUCGUCGCCGACCCGAAGUGCAGGAAAUCUAGGGUUAUCCUCGUAGCAUACCCGGUUCGGGGGGGGGUCCGCCGUCCGGGAUAAGUUUGACCAUGGUCCACGGAGACAAUAAACAUUUCCAUGAACACUAAAGGACUAUCUAGAGUGCUUAUCGCGCGCAGGCCUUACACGUAGUCUUCGAACAAGAACGACCUCCGGAAGGGAAGCGGCGAGGAGAGUCCUGGAUAAGGAUCAAGAGGAUCCCGGAGGACGAGGACCUUCGGGGGGGGUCCUGCCACGGCGAGCUAGGCUAGAGACGUCUCCGUACCCAAAAUCGUCGUCGAUUAAUCGUCGCCGAUUAAUGAUAACGAGCGGAAUACCUGCAUAUAUUCUUGUAGCGGUUUACGUAAAUCCUCUAGGAGAUUAGAAGAGCUCCAGUUGCGACUUGUAGCCGGAGGAUCCUGUUUUCUAUUUUUUUAAUUAAUUUUCCCCUCCUUCCCGACCCCCUCCCUCCCAGAGGAAACCCGUGAAAAUGAAGGGGAACCUCCGAAAAAAGAAAAACGGGAGGCAGAGGUCCAAGGCGACGCGUCGUCGCCGAUCCCCGAAUUUUAGCCUGGAUCUAGAGCAGCGAUUCCCUUUCUUUUUUUUUUCCUUUUUUUAUUUAAGGACCUUGUAAAUAAUCCUGCGGACUGCCCCAGGGCCGGGAUUUCGGGAAGCAGGAGGAAUUCCGCAGGAUCUACCAGGACUUCCUGCCGAAUUUCCGCGUCGCCGCGAGGACCCAUUUUGCGGCCUCAUGGCCCAUGGCAUUUAAAGGGCGGGAGAAAUCCCGGCGGAAAAUCGGCGGAAACUGUGCGGAAUGGAAAAUAAGGAAAAUGAUAGAUGUAGGAUCGAAAAUAAAGGCGCGACCUCGCGAGAAGCCGGUCCUUUGGCAACCGUGGCCAACUGUAAACGCGGAGAGCCUGCUGUUUGUUGUUACAAUUAAGCGCGGCCAGGUUCCCAGAGAGAGAACCAAGCCGUGCGGCCGAACCGCGCCGGCUCGGCCGCGGCGGGCCCGCCGCCAAGGAAAGCGCGGAAGUCGCCCCCGAACUUGCGAGAAUCGCUCGUCGCUCCACGACCUGAUGAUUAUCAGUGGUUAAACGCGAUUAAUCGUUACGAUUGAUCCGUGCCAAUCGGUGUAUGAUCAUUUAAUUUACGCGCACGUGAUGAUUGGGCCCGAUUUAACUGCGCGGAUUGAAGUUCGCUACGAUUGAUCCGUGCCAAUCGGUGUAUGAUCAUUUAAUUUACGCGCACGUGAUGAUUGGGCCCGAUUUAACCGCGCGGAUUGAAGUUCGCUACGAUUAAUCGACACCUUCUCGCCGGCCGUCCUUGUACACGGGUUUCUACGUUUCUACAGAAGGAAGUUCUUUUAACGAGGGAUAAGGUAUACGUGAGAAUAAUAAAAAAAAGAAGAAAAAAGAAGCGCUAUCUCGCCGGCUCCUCUUCGCUUAGUUUGCCCCCUCGCUUGCGAGGACCACGCGUACACGCAUUUCCCGAAGGAGG